AUGCCUGUUCGACGCUUCCAUCGGAAGUCCCGGAGUGGUUGUCUGCAAUGCAGGAGUCGCCGCGUCAAGUGUGACGAGGGGCGUCCUGCUUGCUUCAACUGUAUUCGAGCACAGUGCAGCUGCCUUUACCACCGACCAACACAAGGAGAUCCACAAUCACAAUCACAAGCACAAGCACAAGCACAAGCACAUUCGCAAGCACAGCUACAGCCACAGCUAGUGCCAUCCCUAUCCCCAUCCCCAUUCCCAUCCCCCGCCAACACUGUCUCACGACCCCUAUUCGAUUCGCUCGAUCUGAUUCUUAUGAACCAUUUCACCGCCGCCACAUCUCUCUCCCUCUUUGACGGCCCCAGGAAUCCGCAUCUAUGGCAAAGACACAUCCCCUUCGAGGCUGGCUCGAACCCGAUGCUUAUGCACGGCCUGCUCGCUGUCGCGGCUCUCCAUCUGGCCAUUACCAUCAAAAGCCCCCUCGAGGCCCAGCCCAGUGAUCACACCUACCAUGUGCGCGCCCUGCACCACCACAGUCUCGGCCUGCAGCUGUUCAAUACCCAGCUGGCCAGCCGGUCCCCUGCAAACGAUGUCCUCUUCACCUUCGCCAUGCUGCUGAUCGUCUGGGCCUUCGCUGCCCCGAUUGCCGCCAACGAUACGCUGACGCUUGAUGAGAUCAUUGACUCGCUUAGUCUUAUCCGUGGAUGUAAGGCACUCUUCCUCUUGCACCAGGAGACUAUUCUCUAUCGGCCUGUGGGCCAAAUCGUGGGGAUCCGGCCACAGCAGGCGGACCCUGGGCCCUGUGCUUCGGACCCCUCGAUUCUGUCUGAUAUCCACGACCUCUUCGACAACUUGCAGACGAUAGCCUGCGACGAUACAGUCUACCAAAGGGCCACCUUCGACCUUCAGACCGUAGUCUACAAGGCCUAUAACCGACAGAUAGGACUGCAGGACACCCGUCUUGUCGCCGCAUGGCCAGCGAAUGUCUCCGAGGAGUACUGGGCGCGUCUGCGACGCCAUGAGCCCGUGGCGCUCCGGAUAUUUAUUCACUACACUGUACUGCUGCAAUGCUAUGAGGAGGACUACUGGUGGAUGCAGGGCUGGUCGAGUAGUAUCCUUAAGGCAGCAGAGGGGGCGCAGACGCUGAUACAAAGGGAUCGAAUGGGCUGGGAGUGGUGCUAUGGGAAGAUUGUGUCCUUGCGAGACCGCAGGGCGAGCGGGGCCCAGCCAAAUCCAAGUCCGAGCUGCACGGAAUCGAUGCAUAUAGCCUAG